GGCGAUCCCCCGCCCUAGGAAUUGGACUGGUUGCCAUUCAGCAGCUGCUCACUGCCAGUCCCUUCCCUCCAUCAAGACUCUGUAUUCAGCACUCAUAUUGAGCCUCCGCAAGCCCUUGCCCUCCAUACCACUAUCGCUCCAUUUGCUACACCGACCAGCUCGCCGUUCAGCAGCCCGCACCGUUACCAUUCUCGUCCAAAAUGCUCACACAGCCCACACCCGCCCUGCCGAGCCGACAGAAGCAGGAGCUGAGUAGUCUGCGAAAUCCACACAAGACCUUCCCACUCAAUGCUACCACUCGGGGUGGAGGCGCUGCCGACCACCACCAUCACCUGCGAGACGGGCGACCAGGAUAUGUCGGCGCCGUCGUUGUUGUACCGGCAUCCGAUCCGCUGCCUCGGUCGUCACUCCAGCCCGUUUCCGAGAGCCACAACACCAUCGACACCCACCUCAAUAAUACCGACUGGGCGCACACCCACCGGACUGUGCACAUCCCUGGACAACCCAACCUGCCUCCUGGCAUCUCGCACGAACAAGCCUGGCGGAUGGGAUAUCCCCGCCCGACUGAUGCAGAGCUGCCUGCCCCGGGUCGCAAGGGCGCCAAUCUCGUCAAGUCUGCCUUUGCCCCUGCCAUCCCCGAGUAUGUCCAGCAGCAGAUCGAGGUCAACAGACGGAUGGUCGAUGCCGAAGUGAACUUCAAGGCUCUCGCAACCCAGCCGCUGCUGGCCCGCCCCCAGACGCUCUGUGCCCGGGUUGUGACCGAGAAGGGCAUGUACAUUCCAAACUCGGCCCAGGCACUCCCGGGCCAUGGAACCGGGCAGCUCGCCACCCACCGCGAUGAGCCCACCAUGCUUCCUCGCUGGCCCGGCGGCAACCCAAACGAACACACGAGCGUCAAUCUCGGCCGGGGCAAGCGGCACGGAUACUCCAUCCCGGGCAUGCCGUAUUCGACAGGCGACGAGGAGCUCGGGUCGCCCGAGAGAAAGCAUCCCGUCAGCCUCUUGCCUCAGUCGGCCAAGGAGCGCUCACGCAAGGGUUACGAGUUGGGCCCUUCAGAGCGAUUCCCACGCCCCCAUACCCUGCCACAUACGAUCCCACACUCCAAGCCGUUUGUGCGGCCGUCUAUCGACCCCACCAAACCGUCAUCUCCACAAAUCAAGUUGGUGGCAUCCGAGAUCCAGAGAAAACCCAAGCCGCCACAACUCGAGAACCAAACCCAGCAGCAGAGCACCAUCCAGCGCCAGCAAAAGUUCCAGAAGCAGCAGCUCCAGCAGUUGCAGCAGCAACAGAUCCAAGACAUCAAAGCCCACCAUCUGAAGAUGCAGCAACUGCACCAGCAGCAGCACCACCACCAUCCACGGGCUCUGAGUCCCGGCAAAGCCGACAACCCGUCCGAUGCUGUCGAGCCCUUGAUCGACCCACCCACGGCCGAGCUCUUCCUGCGAAAUCAAGCGCUGAAGCGACAACUGGAGCAAUACUACCAACAGCACGCUCGCGACACUUCUGCCUCGGUCAUUGGUCUCCCGCCCGUCUAUCCGUUCACUCAGCUGCCCCCUGCGUUCGGGCCAAUGACCUUCCAGGGCUUCGAGGGUAUCAAGAAAACCUCGGGCGAUGCCCAGUUCGGCAACCAGUCCCGCCCGAGUUCAGCAGCAUCAUGUGUUUCCACAGAGUCGUCGCUGUCGUCCAGGAGCUCUCGCCCAUCGACCGCGGCUUCAACAGUUAGCGAAGACAAGCCAACAUCGGCCUCCGUGGCGGCGAAGAGGCCUGAAACGGCUGCCAAGGCUGUCAACGGAGGCGUCGCCGCAAACAACGGUGGCAUCAGCGCGAGCGGCAAGGCUCCAGCCACUCGGAUCACGGUGCAAAAGUCUCGUCCCGAACAAACGACGGCUGCGUAUCUUCAGCAGAUUCGCUGGGACAAGCGUCGCCAUCAGACUUCAUACGGAGCAGACUUUGGAGAACCGCCCAUGGCCGCAUCGCUUGCUGCCCGGCUGGUAUUGCGACCCCUUCCUGGAACUGUGCGAGAGUUCAACGGAGGAAAAGACCACAUGGGCCACUUCUUCACCGGCAUCUCACCAAAUCAGAACUAUUCAAACCGCUGACCAACACAGAUAUUGCCUCGGGCCACGGCCAAAGAGGGGCCCGUGUCAAGAGCGAGCACUAAUGCGUCUUCACAA